GGGUAAUUCGUCGCCUUUCCUUUAAGGAAAAAAUCUACCAAAAAAAAAUCUCUAUGGGUAAGACGGAAAACAUUUUUGAAUGAUUCAGAAGAUACCAGGAAUUUUAUAAAAUUUAAUAUCAUGGUAUUUAAAUUGAUUCGCACUGAUUCAGAAGAACCAUGUAAAAUAUUACUUGGUGUUGGAAAACAUUUGAUUGGAAGAGGGAAAUUUCUUGAUUGUGACGACAAAAGAGUGUCCAGACAUCACGGGGAACUUGAAGUGACAGAAGACGCAGUUAUUAUUAAGGCGUUGCACCAAAAUCCAUGUUUUGUUAUUAAGAAAGGAACACAAGAAACCCAUAUAUUGAAACAAAGUUGUGCAUCUGACAUUAGAAAUGGUGACAGAUUUGGUUUGCUCCCAGAUUCAUAUUGGUAUGAGCUAUUACAUUGCGCCAUAGCCGAUGAAGACCAACAGAUACCAUCAAAUAUUAUCCAGGGCAAUGAAGAUAUAGAUAGCGCUGAGACUGAACCAUUUGAAACAGAUAAUGAUGGUGUAUCACAAGAAAUAAAUAUCAACUUGAAUGAAACCAUCACUAACAACAAUCCAGGUUCACCUUCAUUACUAAGUCCAGAGCCCAAUAAAUUGGCAACAAGCUCAGGUGAAACUGUUGGAUGUGAUAAUGAUAGAGAAAUCAAAACUGAGGAAACAUCACCAAGUAAGAGGUCUCACAGCAUCGAAGAUAAAGAAUGCACUAGUGGCAAAAAGGUAAAGGUAGAAAAUGAAGAGAACCCUGAGGUAAAAGAAGAAGAAUCCGUCGAUAUGAGUGAGCCUAGUGAUGCUUCACCUGGACCUAGCAAUGAUCAAAUGGACCCAUCAAGGGCAGACAACGGACAAAAUGAUGCAUCAAAGCCUCCCGCUGACCCAUCACAAAGGGAACGCUGUAUACGCAACCCGCAGCACAAGGCGCAGUUCAGCCACCCGGGCGACGGCGACUGGGGCGCGGGCGAGCGCGGCGCCUGCCCCUGGGGCGCGCGCUGCCGCCGCCGCGACCCGCGCCACUGGCGGGCCCACGACCACCCGCCCGCCGCCCGCCAGCCGCCACCUCACCAACCAGGAAACAAAAGAAAAAGAGCUGCUAAGAAGAGAUUUAGUGAAACGGAUGAUGAUGAAGAUGAUACUGAUGAAAAUAGUACACCUAUUUUAAAUAAUAAAAGAACCAGAAAGCCUUUAAUCAAACUAAAUGAUUGGGAUAAUUCAGACUCACUGAGUGGAGAGGACCCUUAUGCAACAGAUGAUGAAGAUUCUGAAUGGAAACCUCUUGAUUAAUGAUUUGAUAUUUACAAAAUCAAAGUAAAUUAUUAGUUUUAAAAAAAUCAUGUGCAUCAAUCUGUAUUAUUUAAACCUUUAUUUUGUUGUUAAGUAUUAAGUAUGACAAGUUAAUAAAAGUUCAAAAUAUUAAAGCCCAAUCAAUAAUAUCCUUCAUCAUCAGAGUUAUUCACUGGAUACUCCCAUUCAUUUGGAGCUGAUGCAGGAAUUAGAAGAGUCGGGGGUGCUUCUCCCCCUCGAACUCUUAGAGCAUACACUGCUAAUUCAACUUUAGCUACAUUGCUUCUUGUUGUGUUUGUUUUCCGGGCUAGAUCUUUACCCAUUCCAAAUAAACCUAAAAUCACAAUAAAAAUUACAAUCAAAUGUCACCCUUGAUUAUCCAGCAAUGUCAAACUGUUUUUAUUAUAUUUUGUUAUGUAUUUUAUCAAUGUUGCAAUAGUUCUUUACCCACCUAAAAAUCCAGUAUAUAGCUCUCUAACAUUCUGACAUGAUUGAAAACAUUCUUCACUAUCUCCACUGGAAAUGCUAUUAAUUGCCUUCCUCAUAAGUUCCCCAGUGAGAUCAGCUAAACCCAACAUAUAAUCAACAUGGGGGAGCAUUGUUACCACUGUUCUCUCUGUCUGAGCAUCUUCAGGGCCUUCCUUCAUUAUAUAUUCAAAUUCUUUCUUUACAUUCUCAUAAGUGAUAAUCACACCUUUUUCCAUUAAAGAACAGAAAGUUCUAGCUUCAAUGAAUUCCUGAAAUCCUGCUGUCACAGCUCUAGAGUGUAAGUAAGCUGGACUAUUUUCUAAUUCCAAGCCAAUGUUUUUAAUUGGGCCAUGAAUGAGUGCUUGCAGUCUAUUAUUGGCUUCAAUAACUGCUUUCUCUGCAGACUCUUUACUGUAAAUCAACUUGAGUGUAAAAGUAUAUUUUAUAAUUCCCCUAUUGAAAUAAAAUUAACGGAUUUUUUUGUCAUGAAAUUGUAAUUAAAUUUAAUUGAUGAUUUUUGUCAUAAAUAUGUAUACCAUACUAUUGUGAUGAUCAAACUAUUAAGUUUCUGUCUUUAGUUUUGUUUGUUUAAUUUGAUAUUAAAAUAUAGGUAAUUUAGAUAAAUAAAAGUCCUUUUGUUUAGACAGUGGUGUAAAAAUUAGCAAUUUAUUCAGAAGAAUAAUUAACAUCACAGUUAAAGGCAUUCAUUCUUUUGAUAAAUCUUAAUAUGAAUAUAAAUUUUGCUCCGGCCUCAAGCUACAUAGCCUGUAGAUGAAUCUGCCAUUGUAUAAUUAUGUAUGAUUACCACUUACGUUAUUGACGAGUGUAAUAAGAAUAUUAUACGUUUGCUUUCAAUGGUUAUAUCUCGUGAGAGCUUCACCAACCGUUCGUGCCGGUCUUGUCGUUUAUUCAGUUGAACAGCAGCGGAUUUAAACAUGGCUAGAACUGGACUAUCUUCGGGUAAAGACAAAGCAUUUUCGCGUGCUACAGAUGAUAAUGUAGGCUCUUUACGGUUGCGAUGACCGCGAUACCUCCCUGAAAAAGUACGACGUGAAUUCUAAUAUUUUCUCAUUCAACCAGUUUAUAUUACUUACUUUUUUAGUAAUACUUACCUCUGUUCGACAUCUUUUAGAAUACUUGAAGAUAUUAAACAAGGAAUAUUUCAACAAGUAGUUCACAAUUAAAAACAAAUUGAACAAACAAAACAAAUAAGAAAUCAACGAAUUUUACCUUACAGGCAAUAAACAAAAUAUUCAGCGUUGCCAUUUACACGGCAAUUGCCGUGUUACAUGGCAAUUUGGGUACAGUCAG